AUGGAUGUCCGACGGAUGGCCAAUGGCCUGGUUUCGAGGCAGACAUCCCGCCUCAUCAGCCAACACUUCGCUCCCAUCAGACGCUCCAUACCGCAGUCCUUCAGCCAGUCCAUACGAACGAUAUCUACCUCUCAGCCGCUCUCAAGUAACCAGAGAGACACCCCUGUUACCACCCAGCAAAAGACAUCCCCGUCCAGCAAUAACGGUUUUGACGUGGACUCGAUUAGCAACCUGCUUGACGACGUAUACGACCGAGUAGGAACAUCGAACCAGCCCGGCAGACCAGGCCAAGGCGGCCGUCAAAAUGUUGCAACAGCAUUCCGCAGCCUCUUCCAGAAUUCAGAUGUGGGAAGUAUUACUCGAGCUGUUCAUGAUACCGUUGCAAACAACUCAACCCAAGGGGAACGCGCUGUUCCAAGAUACCCCGGAUUAAAGCUUGGCCCUAAACUGGGACGUACGGUUGCGGUUGACCCCUCUCGAGGUGUUGAUGUCAACCAGGCCUUUGCUAUGAUGGAGGCACAGGUUGCCAGGAAUAAGAUAAGGGCUGACCAGAAUGCUCAGAGGUUCCAUAUUCGUCGGGGAAAGAAGCGGAAGAUUUUGAAGUCGAAACGGUGGAGAAUCUUGUUCAAGAAGUCAUUCCAGGCAACUGUUGCCAGAUGCAUGGAGCUGAAGAGACAGGGAUGGUAG